UCCAUUCAUUCAAUCCUAUCCCACCAAUCCUCUCGUUAUGCUCAAGUCACACACGUGAUGAACUGCGCCCAUGCUCCAAUUCUCCAGUCCAACUCCGGUACAUAUUUGCUCUGGAAACCCUGUCACUUUUGCUCUUGGUUUUGGUCUUGGUUUUGGUAUUGUUGGAAAUUGCAAUUACGUUGUGGUCUCUUUCUUCUCGCCUUGCCUGCCUGUAUGUCCAACGCUGAUGAUGCCCGUGAUAAUCACGUACGCUAACGAUCCUGUCCUCGGCCUGCAUUGCCCCCCCCUUCUCCCGAAACGCCGAUGCUUGUAUAUAUAUAUGAAAGAAGAAAACCGUAUUCCAUAUGGCAAUAAAUGGACGUCUUGACCCCCAACAAUCCACUGACUGACGGCCGCGACUUGGGUUCGUUUCGGAUGUUCGGUGGUAUUGUCGGAUAAU